UGCGGCGGGAGCUUCAGUAGCCGCUCGUACGUCGGUCGGAAAACCUUCCACGUCGUUACGUCGUCCUUGUACGCGCCAUCGUCGACGAGAUCGUAAGGGGGCCCGCGACCCACGCACCCCCUCGAUCCUACAUUCGGUGUUCAUAUUUUUUCUUUUUUUUCCGUUUUCGAACAGUCCGCGUUCUGAACGGUCUUAAAGUUUAAACGCGAGCGUUUAUAAAUAAAAAAAAAGGAACGAUAUAUCGAGGAAUAUAUACACACAUAUAUAUAGUGCAGUGUCUGAACCAAUGGAUCGUCUCUCGCCCACGGAUCUUAUUGGAGCUCGAAAGUGUUAAUAUGAAGGCGGAUCUGUGACGGGUGAAUGAGAACACGCGCGUGCGUGUAUAUGAGUGCGUAAACGCGACGAAAGCAUAUCGAAGCAUCAUGCGAAGUGCCGCGAGAUACCGAGACGCGCGUUCCACCCGUUCCGCGUCGCUUCUUUGCGUCCUCCUCAUCGCCGUCACCGAUGUUCGCGGAUUAAGCAAUGUAUCGAUUGAUAUUCCAUUGGCAGUAGCAGCUGGAACAACAGUCAACAUGUCUUGCAAAUACGAUCUACAAUCGGAUACUCUUUACACUGUCAAAUGGUACAAAGGCUCGGAAUUUUUUCGAUUUGUCCCCAAGGAAAUGCCACCGAUUGCAGUGUUUGGAGAACUUGGGACAAGAGUUGUGACAAAUCGGAGCAAUGCGUAUCAAGUCGUUCUGAAGGAUGUACAGCCCAAUCAUACUGGCAAAUAUCGUUGCGAAGUCUCAGGAGAUUCUCCCUCGUUUAAUACUGUAAUGGUUUCUAGUUACAUGCACGUAGCUAGUCUGCCGAACGGCGAUCCGACGCUGCGGGUCGAGAAGCUGCGAUAUGCGGUGGGUGAUACUGUACGUGGAAACUGCACGGUACCGUCGGGAAAUCCUCCAGCCAACGUGACGUGGACUGUCAACGGCAAAUCGGUGAACUCAAGUUUCGUCAUGAAUAUUACUGAGAAAAUUGACGACAAUCAACAGUACAUGACGAUUGCUGGGUUGGAUUUUGAGACGAUGCAGGAUAGUUUCAACAAUGGCAGAUUGACGAUCAUUUGUCACGCAAAUGUCUUUCAUUUAUAUAAAACAACGGCUGAGAUAUUUCUGAAGGAAGAACGUCCAAGAUUGGCUUCUGUAUUAGGUACACGGGAAUCCUCCUAUACUGGUAGCGCAGCCAAGAGUACAGCAGAGUAUUUCUACAUCACUGCCAUGACCGCACUGUUGCUAUGCAGCCUGAGAUAACAUCAAUGAACUCGCAAUAUGUUUUACGCGCACGAGUGUAUCGGGAGGAGUAAAUCGUUUGUAAAAUUUUGAAAUUAUUAAAUGGGAUAAAACCUGGGAAAAGACAUCUUUUGUUGAAAUAAAUACCAAGCGUAUGUUAUUCGUGUAAAUAGGAUAAAGAAAGAUUUAGCGAAUUAUCUACGUGUACGCGAUCUACGUCCGCCCUGCGGGUAGAUGUGUAAUCCGAUAACAUGUCGUAUUAUUAUGUAAUAGAUCGACAAGGUGUCGCGCCAAACUAUCGACGACUUAUUUGAAUAUCGUACCGUCUUUUCUAUCCUCUGAUAAUGAUUUUGAUACCUCCUCUGUGACAUUGUGGCCGUCGCAAUGUAUCCUGUCAUGGUUAUAGGUAAAUACUGUUAUUGUUUAUAAAUGACAUUUUGUUUCAUUGAAAUAUGAAUAAAUAAUUCACCUUC